UAUGAGGAUUCAAUCAUCAUUACAUUUCUUUGCAGUUUUUUUCGAUGUAUAUGGUUGUCAGAUGAAUGUCAAUGACACGGAGAUCGCCUGGUCCAUUUUGAAACAGAGUUCCUUCCAGAAAACUAUGGAUGUAACUGAAGCAGAUGUUAUUCUGGUCAUGACCUGUUCAAUCAGGGAGGGAGCUGAACAGAAAAUCUGGAAUCGCCUAGAGUAUCUAAAAGCAUUAAAAAGAAGAAGGGCUAAAACAAAGAGAAAGCAUCCCAUAAAGAUUGGCAUUUUGGGCUGCAUGGCAGAGAGACUGAAGACACAGAUCUUGGAGCGAGAACAGCUGGUGGAUCUAGUCGCUGGUCCGGAUGCUUACCGUGAUCUACCGCGAAUGCUGGCCAGUGUCCAUGCGGGUCAAACAGCGGUCAAUGUGCUGCUCUCACAGGAUGAGACAUACGCAGAUAUUGCUCCUGUACAACUGACUGAUAGUGCCACCGCUGCCUUUGUAUCUAUCAUGCGAGGAUGUGACAACAUGUGCAGCUAUUGUAUUGUGCCAUUCACCAGAGGGCGUGAGCGUAGUCGACCCAUACAAUCUAUCCUGAAUGAAGUGAAACAGUUGUCAGAUCAGGGCAUCAGGGAAGUGACAUUGCUUGGGCAGAAUGUCAACAGCUACAGGGAUUUAUCGCGUGGCAAGCAGUACACAGUGUCUGCGCCUAACACAGCGCCAUCUACAGGCAUGAGCCGAGGUUUUCAAACAGUGUACAAACCCAAGGUUGGAGGUAUCAGGUUUGCAGAGCUGCUAGAUGAAGUUUCACGGAUCGACAAGGAGAUGAGAAUCCGAUUCACAUCACCUCAUCCGAAAGACUUCCCAGACGAGGUACUGUCUGUGGUCAAGGAUACAGCAAACAUUUGCAAGCAGCUCCAUCUACCGGCACAGAGUGGAAACACUGGUGUAUUAGAGUCAAUGAGACGAGGGUACACCCGUGAAGCUUACAUAGAUCUAAUUCACCAUGUAAGGGAGAUCCUGCCAGAUAUACAUCUCACUGUCAGUGACUUCAUCUUUGGCUUCUGAGAGACAGAGUCAGCCCACAAAGACUCUCUAUCUCUGCUUAGCCUCGUCAAAUACAACUUCUGCUACAUGUUCCCCUACAGCAUGAGACAGAAAACGCGUGCUCAGCGUCGGCUGACCGAUGAUGUUGCACACGCUACGAAGCUUCGGCGGCUGCAGGAAGGCGUGGCUACAUUUCGUGCGCACACACUCAAUAUUAACCUGGCACGGAUAGGCUGCCGACAGUUGGUCCUCAUAGAGGGGGAGAGCAAACGCACGUCACUGGAGCUGGCUGGCCGCAAUGAUGGCAACACAAAGGUCAUCAUACCAGACAUUGAUGUGUCUACAGGCAAUCCUGGAGAGAAGCGAAGAAUGUCACCUGGUGAUUAUGUAGCUGUACAGGCUUGCUACUUUAGGUUACAUCUGCUACGUCUCAAGUCCUCAAGGCAACCCCUCUACAGAUCACAACGCUCAGUGAAUAUAAUCAGUGCAAUGAACCAUGACUCAUCCCAGAGCACCACUCAAACUGUAACUGUACUUAGACCACUAUCUACUACUCCUGGGCAUCUCCUGACUUCUGGUAGCAUCGUAUAUGAACCAACACUUGUUUUGAAACUAAACAAGUCUGUUAUCGCCAUGGCAAAGCAAAAAAAAUGCGGAAACGUCGAUCUGGGCUUCCUAGAGGUGGCGCCACCAUGGCGGCUGCAGUCCCGCUGCUUUCCCAGUAAAGUUGGCGGGAAGCCAGCAUGGUUGGCCCUGAGAGAUCUACCCAGUGAGGAGACGCUGCGGUGUGGCGCGUGCCGGAAGCCGUGUGUCUUCCUGCUGCAGGUCUACGCUCCCAUUGACGCUCGUGACGACUGCUUCCACCGCACGCUGCUGGUGUUCACUUGUCGUGACCCGCUCUGCUACGCGACGCCGCAUGAUGGCCGCUGCCUCCUUGCCUUCCGCUCCCAGCUGCCGCGUCGCAACGACACAUACGACUACGAACCACCAAACCUCGAUGCGGACGACCCGGCCGUCACGCCGACGCCCCCUACGCUGUGCGCUGUGUGCGGUUGUGCGGCAGCUAAAACCUGCUCUGCGUGUCACUGCGUGCAUUACUGCACGCGAGAACACCAGACACUCGACUGGAAGGCACACCACAAGCAGGUCUGCAAGACCGUGACCGCAGCGACGGCUGGAACCACUCCCUGCAGCAACGCGCUACUGUUCCCAGAGUUUGAGUUGGUGACUGAACCUGAAGGGACUGACGACCAUCAGGAGGCGUUGACUGAGGAGAAGGAUGCAUGUAGUGCACAGGGGGAGGGCUUACAAAAGGACAUGGCGAUGGCAGGAUACAAGGAGUACGUGGAGAGAUGUGGCGAGGGAACACUGAGUGACGUGCCAGACACAGAGCUAGAGUCGAUGGCGUCGACGCAGGUCAUGAAUGAUCGGCAGUUCUUGGUAUUUAAGCGUCGCAUCAGGAGUGAACCUGAGCAGGUGCUGCGUCAUGAUCGCGGGGGGGAGCCACUGUGGGUAAGUGAUGCGGCUGGCUCGCGGCCCGACGCUGUACCGCCAUGUCCGUGCGGCGCGCCACGCCAGUUUGAGCUGCAGGUGUUGCCGCAGCUGCUCAUGCAUCUGAAAGUGGAUGCGUUGGGAGCCAGCAUCGACUGGGGCACCAUCGCCCUGUACACAUGCAGCCGCAGCUGCAACACAGGUGCCACCUAUCACAGCGAGUUUGUCUGGAAGCAGGAUUUCGCGACGACAGAUAAGAGUACGGAAUCUUAACUGAGUGGUGGUGAUGUCAGAUUACAGACUGCAUUCACUGCAAACUCCCUGCAAACUAAAACUUCAACAACUAGGGGGCCGUUGUCAGAAACAUCGUAAAGUUAAAGGGACAGUAGCCUCUAGGAUUUUACUGC